AUGGCAGAACUGCCCAAUCUUGGACGACACUGUGGCCGCUUCCCUUUGCUACAACAAAUGAAUAAUUUUUUUCUAAUGUCUGAUUUUCAGAAUGUGCAAGUUCCCACCUGUCCGUUGUGCGACAAACCUGUACCUACCCCAAAAGGAGUUUCACCGGACAUUCAAGUAGACCAACAUAUUCAAAACAAUUGUGCUCAAGGUCCGAAAAAGAAAAUUUUCGCCAACAGGUGCACCGUGAAAGGAUGUAAAAAGAAGGAGCUUGUUCCAAUAACUUGUCCAUCUUGUCAUCAAAACUUUUGUCUUGGUCAUCGUCACGAGAAAGAUCACAACUGCUCUCAAACCAAAGGCAGUCCUCAAAUUUCUGAAGAUGAAGCUUUGGCAAGAGCCUUGGCAGCAUCUAUGGACGACGUCAAUAUCAGCCCCGAAGAGCGAGAUAGGAGGUUAGCCGAACAGUUGCAAGCUCAAGAAUAUGGGUUAGUCUUUACUUAA